CACUGGUCAACUUGAUACAAUCUUGAUGACAUUUUUAAAUAAUCCGCGAAGCUUUUAUAAUUCUCCUCGUGUGUAACAAAAUGAUCGACAAUAAACUGCUAAAUAUGGAAAUAUGCAUGUUUCCCAAGUGUAUCUUGACAAAGUGCAAAAUAAAACAACUAAAAUCGAUUUAGUGUAAACAUCUUCAAUGAUGAAAAAAUUGUCAGUGAUACAGUUCUGGUAAAUUUAAGAAACAUGUUUUACCCGCAACGAGUGAUGAGGCAGAUCUCUGAAAUCUCUUAUGUAGGAGGUUUCAAACUAAUCAGAAUGUCGAAUAAUCAAGACGGAGAGCCUGGGAUAACAAUACCCUUGCAAUAUAAUAAUGCCCAUUGGAAAGCUAUAUUCGAAAAGUAUGAUCUUGACGGCGAUGGAAAAAUCUCGUAUCAAGAGUUGAAAGCUAUGAUCCACUGUUCUGGUUAUUCAAAUGAUAUACCAACAAGAGUUGUCCAUAUAGUCAUGCGUAAAGCGGAUUUAGAUGAUUCUGGAUAUUUAGAUUAUCCAGAAUUCAUAGCCAUGAUUCACAGAAAGGAUAUGCAGGGUGUUUUUGGCCAUCUUGUACAGCGAUACGUACAUACUAUGGUACCACAAAGGCCAUCCGUUUUGCAAUUACGUUCUAGCGAUUAUACUGAUGGACAGUACGAGGAGGAAUACUCUUGUAAACCUCCACCUCUAGCAAUGAUAAUAAUAUCAAUAUUAGAGAUUACCUUAUUUUUGUACGAUGUGAUUACACACAAGGCCCUGUCCGUAGAAGGACCAGCAGCCACAUUAUUUAUUUAUAAUCCACACAAAAGAUACCAAGCAUGGAGGUAUUUAACGUACAUGUUUGUACACGUGGGUUUCCUCCAUCUGGUGGUAAAUCUGCUUGUACAGAUAAUGUUGGGCAUUCCACUAGAAAUGGUGCACAAAUGGUGGAGAGUAUUAACCAUAUACAUAGCAGGAGUUGUAGCAGGAUCUCUUGGUACGUCUGUGUCGGAUCCUAAUGUAUUUUUGGCAGGUGCAUCAGGUGGUGUAUAUGCGCUAAUUACUGCUCAUGUAGCUACUAUUCUAAUGAACUGGUCACAAAUGGAGUUUGCCGUUUUGCAACUAUUAGUAUUUCUUGUCGUGACUUCCGUUGACAUUGGUCAGGCAAUAUGCAACCGUUAUGUAUUAGGAACAAACGAUCAAGUCGGGUAUGUUGCUCAUUUUGCGGGCGCCAUAGCAGGCCUACUUGUGGGUAUAAACGUUCUUCGUAAUCUCGAAGUGAAAACAUGGGAAAAGGUUAUAUGGUGGACCAGUAUUAUUACUUAUACUGGGCUCAUGACAGCUGCCAUUUUGUGGAAUAUUUUAUACACAUCUUAUUACGAAUAAUCACGUCGUGCUGAAUUAUCAUGCAUUUACUUAUCGGGAUCGUCCUUUCUACUUGAAAUAGAAUUUAAAGUCCUGCCGCGUUAAACACGCACAAUUAUGAAUUUUACAUUCAAUAAUUAAAGAAAUUAAACACGUCCAUUUUAAUAUAGUCCGCAUUUGAAAUUACAUAUCCGUCGCUGAAUGUAUAUACAUAACUUUUAUCCUAUAAACGCAUUUAUUUGAAACGAAUAUUAAUAUAUUACAUACUGUGAUACACAUUGCCUGUAUGUAACAUGGAAGAACUGCCUGUUAAAAGGAAGAGUGAGCGAAGGCCUUUCUUUCGUAUGCCCUACAAAUAAAAAUAUUAUUACUGACUUGCCGUAUUACGAUAAUAAUAAAAUAAAAAAUAGUUUGAGAAGAGUUAUAUUGUUAGACGAGCGAAAGUUUGAAAAAUCGAUGCGCGUAUUGUACCGGUUUGAACAUCUUGACGCACGUUUCAAUAAUGUUUUAUUACUCCUAGCAUUUAAGUUGACGAUGAUAAUUUUCACCGUUAAACCAUAAAGUACCGUUGGCAUAGAAAUAUUGUUAUCGCACGUUUCGAUAAUUUUUUAUGUUAUAAGUUACUGCAAUUCAUUAUAUCAUGUAUUUAUGUUUCAUCAUGUCAUGUACCUGAUUUGCAAAUUAUUGACGCGUUACUAAACUAUUUCGAACGUUAUACGUAAGACGCAUACAAAACUCGCUAUAUUCAAACUGAACAAAUUUAUAACAAAAAAAAGAAACAUUUUUAGUUUAGUCGCUGUCGAUCGUUUAUUUCGAUAUGUAAACAGAAUUAAUUCAUAAAAAGAUAUAACCGUUUCGAGAAUAUAUAUAUUUUUAUAUAUGUAUACAAAUUAAAGAGUCGAAUAUUUCUGAAACAGCUAGUGUGUGGACACGUGUUUGUUAAAAUUUUGUUUCCUUUUUAUAAGCCCUGGUAGCUAGUUAUUUGUACCUAUAAUUCAUAAAAAUAUGUAAUUACUUCGAAUUUUCACGAUUAUUCUUUAAAAAUUUCUUGGAGCAAUUCAAAAAAUAUUUUAAACGAUAUACAACUAACUAGGUUUAAAAAGAAAUCGUUGUUAAACGAGUAAUUUGUAGUAGUUUCAAUCCUAGUUUUAAUAAAGACAAACGCAAUUACAAAUUUCGAUGUUAUCGAGUAAUAGAAAAUUUCCUGAGAAACUUACUCAUACGAUCCUUCGCGUACAAGUGUUGCUUAUGUAUUAUUUUGUGUAAUGUAUAUAGGUUUUAUUGUAGUAGUGUUAAAUAAAACCGUGAAAAUGUAUAGCGUAGUAUUUUGAAGGUCUAAACAGCGAUUAAAGUUCACCUACCUACUCUCCAAAGUUGUCACAGUUC